UAUGGUACUGCAAGCAGGUGCCACAACUCUUGGCUGUUUGUCACAAGAAUGUUGCCAUCAGAACUGUUUUCAGAAAAUUCAUAUCGUAUAUAGUCUGAAUAACAAAACUUUGCAUUUUACACAAUAAUGUGAUUUUGAAUUAACGUUAAUGAUAUGGUACUACAAGCAGGUGCUACAACUCUUGGUUGUUUGUCACAAGAAUGUUGCCAUCAGAACUCUUUUCAGAAAAUUCAUAUCGUAUACUCUGAAUAUGCACUGAGUUUAUCCCCAUUGACUUAUUGUUCUCAACAUUAAUUGAAUAGUGAUUCAUUCUCUCGUAUUUUUUUCUAACAUUCGUCAUAUUGGGCAAGAUUUGCCACUGAAUGAAAUGGACGUUUUCAUUACUGCGGAAAACUUGUCCAUGUCUAUUGUCUAGAUGUCUAUUUGUUCUGUUACGUGUUUUGGCAAAGUUUAAUAAAUAAAUAAAUACAUAAAUAAAUAAAUUGCUAUUGUAUUUGAGUAAAGUGUGUAGACAAUCGUCAAAAUAUAUAACUUUACUGUCGGUAGAGUAAUGAAGCGUAAAGAGGAAAAAAUUGCAAUUAUACACGUUACUACACUAGUCCAAAAAUUGAUAUAUACCUAACAACCAAGUUAGGAACUUUCUGCCUUGCAUCGAUUUUUUUACUGUUCACUGUCACUCGUGUUGUGAUGUAUUUUUUCUGCCUCCUUCUGGUUGUGUGGGUUUUUCUCAGAAAGUUUUUGCUUGUUUGGAUUUUUUUCUGCUCUUUGGAUUUUCUUCUGAUCUGAGUCCGUUAUAGCUUGCAAUAUUGUGAGUUCCAGUAAGCGUAUUCUUACACAAACAAGCAGAGGGUCUCAACUUCAGAAAUGAGUUAAACAUGCAGUUAUACAAACAAGUAAAUUAAAAUUACAUCUCUCAGUUUUAAGACGAUCUGGUUUAUUACUAUCAAACUUUCUACCGGAUCAUAGAAGCAAUUUUACUGUAGGUAAAUUUUGAAAGAUUUGUAAGAACUGUUUAAGGAAACUGAUUCAGUGUACCCUGCUGGCAGUGGUUUCUGAGCUGAGCUUCGGAAAGACUCGGUGUUAAACACCAAGUCAGAAUUUUAACAAAAUACAAAAAACAAGUGUAAUUCCAAAGAUCGAUAACAUUUUCAUAUUUAUCAUAAAUAUAAUAAUAAUAAUAUAAUUAAAUAUAAUUUUUAUAUUUAUGAUAAAUAUAAAAAUGUUGUCGAUCUUUGGAGUUACACUUGUUUUGUAUUUUGUUAAAAUACUACUCAGUGGUUCUAAAAAAAGUCAGAAUUUACCCAUGCUAAAUUAUUGAUACCACAGAAAGCGGUUUGAUAGUAUAAACUAGCCUUUACUUUCAAUCAACAAGUCAAUGACAAUGUGAUCUUGUUCAACCAGGGUUCAACAAGACUAACAUCAUACAAUGAAAAGAAUUAUGACAACAGUAUUUUCGUCGAUCGGACACCUGCUGAUGGUAGUCGCAAAACAUUUCUAUAUUACAUAUAUAACAUAUCUCCUGUGCAAUAUAGUGGAACAAAAAACAAAGACAGAGAAGCAAGUCAAAUAUAGAAACAACAGCUUGAGAUUACAUGAAAAAAUCCAUGACCGUACUUAAACCAACACCUGUAUAUUUUUGGAAAAAAACUUCAAUCUAAUUAUUUAACGAUAAAUUUGUUUGCGUUGAGAGUUAUUAUACCUGCUCUCAGCAGUGACUUUGACCUUGGUCAGUUUUAGAGAACAAUCGCCUCAGUGGAUUUCGUCGUAUUUUUAGUAAAACGGGUUUUUAUUAGGACAAUAUUUAAAAGGCAAUCAAAUUAUGAACGUUGUUCCUGAUAUAGCAUCAUCAAUUUGGUUCUAAUUACGCUGUGUGGAUGUAAAAUUAUACAUACGAUUAUUGAAUUUUGAAGUUUGAAACGUCCAAAAUAAUUAGGCCGAGUAUAAUUUCCUUUUACCAUAUACGGUCAUAUGACGUAUGUUUGGAAUGUUCUUAACUAGUGUUCUGUCUUUCUAACAUGUUGGGAGAAUAUAGAUGUAACAAUUUAUAGCAUUCGAUUUAAAAUUGAUACUUAUGAUGUGAGAGUAACAAUUUAAAUAAAUUCUUACAGUGAUUGAUACACUAUUCCAUCGCAAACCAGUAAUUGCAACAAUGUUAGUCUAAAUAUAUAAAAUAUAACGCUCUAUAUACAUAUCAUAUGUAAUUUCUCCCAUAUGCCCUUUCUAAAACAAUUGCAUUUGGCCACCCCCCACUUAACAGAACCCGAACUGCAGUUUACAGUGGGCAAGCCAUACAUUCUUUCAAUUCAUUCCGAACAUAACUAGUUUAUCCACAGGCAAGGCUAACUGCUCAUAUUAAUUGAAAAUUUAUUCAAGGGGAAUAAAAUACAGGUAGUUAUGAGUAUUAUUUGAGGUUUUAGAUGGAAAUUUUGAGCACAUUGACUGAGGAAUUUUGUGAUUUUUUCGGCCGUCAUUCAGGCGCGUAUUUGAAUUAAGUAGCCGCGUAUAUGGCCAGUAAACUUUGAGGUAUAAAUCUAAUAUGAAUGAUUCACAUUUUUCUCAUUUUUUUAGUCUCAGCUUCCGGAUCGCGGUGCUACAGUGUAGCAAAUUAUUGUACAUCAAAAUAUAGAGUUAUAUUUUGAAGAAUUUUGGUGAAAUUUCGCGUUCAAGUGAGAGAUUAAGACAGAUUUUUCUCUAUGAAUUCAGACGCGCUAGACAUGUCGAAUUCUGAGGACAAGGCGAAAUCUCCUGAAGAUAUGGCAUCGGACGCUGAAGGAGUUUGGUCUCCUGACAUAGAACAAAGUUUUCAAGAAGCACUCGCCAUCUAUCCGCCAUGUGGAAGAAGGAAAAUUAUUUUGUCGGAUGAAGGGAAGAUGUACGGUGAGUGAUCCGAGCUUUGUCCUUUUGAUCUUUCAAACUCGCGUUGUUUCAUCGCUUUGUCUUGUAUAGAAAUAGCUGGCAACUACGUACUAUACAGAUUCUAUCUCGAUAAGUUCGCUGUUUAUAAGCCAGUGUAAAUGAAAGCCGAUGUAUGGCUAAACAAUGACUAGACAUUUCUGUAUACCGACUGUCUUCUUGUCGUUUUUAUAACGCUGUCGUCUCACAAAUCAUGUCCGUUGAGAAAUAGCUGCUAACGUUUGUAUAUUAUUAUGAAUAUAUUCCGGUGUUUCUAUGCCAAAAUAUGAAAGCUCCUUUUAUAUGGAAAGAGUAUAGGUUGUAUUUUGUCUCAUUUGUUGUCUUAAUCCCUCAAAUCUUUUUGAUACGUUGUCUUUGAAAUGAGCGUCUCCGUGACCGUGUGUCGUUUGAUACAUCGAUACAUUCCAUCUUUCACGCUUUCAUUUUCCGUAAAUAAACGGUAAUGUAUAGAAGAAGACCUUCGCUGUGUUUCUGUCACUGAUUUUCUGGCACAAAAUCAUCCAAAUCUUUGUUGUGUUUUUGAACGAAGUUUCAACAAUGGCUGCUUGAUCUGUAUGACGGAAGUCACAUAAUGUUUAGAUUUUUUAACUAGUUUAAAAACACGCAGAAUGCAUCGCAUACAUUCCUAAAGCACGAAAAUAUUUGGAAUUUCAAUGCACAUUACAUUUCUACGCCGCUAGCCAGGUAAUUACACAACAUUGGAGCAAUAAUAUUGAUUUUUCCCAAUGGCUUAUAAUAAAACAAUGCAGCUUUACUGUCUAAGGCAUUGGUCUUUUGAACAAAUUCUGUCGACUGGAUCGAACACAGGUCGUAAAUUUCAGGAAGUCAGAGCAUACUAAAUGAUGUUGUUUGUUAUGAAUUGAACAUAUUUCAAUUUUUAAAUACCCAUACACAAUUUCCUAAGCUUAUUUUACAUCAUGAAAUGUGGCUCUUCAGAUUAUAAAUUGCAUCCAAUGGCGGGCAAAUUACGUCUACGUGCAUUUUAUACACAUGCUAUGUUUUGAAAUGUUGGUGGGCACAGAAUGUCUGUUGACGAUUGGUCUGUUCGCUGAUAAAAAUAUGAUAGUAAUGCUAUUUCAAUUAUGUCAUUUAUCCAUGUUACUUGGUCUAAAUCAUUUUAAAUGUUUUACAUGAUAAUUUUCAAGUGAUUCUGAAUAGCAUUUUAAACAGCGGCUAAGUGGCAUCGCAGUAAAAGCCGGUAUUCAGAAAAAAGCUUUCAAAAUUUCUCGACACCUACAUGUGAAACCUUUGUCUUUUAAAUGCGAAAACUAUACACCCAACAUUACAUAGCAUUAAAUUUUAUCCUUGAAAUUAACUGUUAUGCUUUAAAUAUCGUUUUAGUAAAUUUCAUAAUGUAUUUCUGCCCAAUUUUAGCCUCGGCUAUAUUUGUAUAUGUUAAUCCCAAUCAUUUAUUUCUUUGUAAGUGGUUCCACACAAACAAUUAUUAUAUAUUUAACCAAAUUUUUUUCGCGGUUGGUAUAAAUUCAAUAAAUUAGAAUUUACCUAGGACAAGUUAAAUAAGCAAUUUAAUAUAAGAUGUGGCAAAUUAAUAUUAAUUGUUACAAGUAGUGCUGUUUAAUAAUGGUCACGUAUAAUUUCCUUUGGGUUGUUAACAAUUAUGAAUUUUUACAGACCAUUUUAAUUUUGCUGAAAUAUUGCUUGCAGCCAAGGCAUAUUUAAGUUCUUUCCCACACAGUUCUAAAACAAUUCUGAGAAAGUAAAACCUAAUUCUCAGACCUCACUCUAAUUUUAUAACAAUAAAAGCAGCAAUGUGUGCCUUAUUUCAUGAUUUUGCCCACCAAAUGGGAAGACUUUGUAACUUUGUACUCUUUGUCAUCAACAAAGUACAUUUAGCAGACAAUUGCUAUCAGUGAGGAAAGUCAUCUGGUGUUUAGUCAGAAUGGAAUGAUAAAUGAGCCUGCUACAUUCAUUGAUAAAUUUGACCAGCACAUGCGGUGUCAUGGUUACGACGCUUAAAGCUGGGAGACCUGGGUUCAAUCCUUGGUCGGACCUCUACUCAAGGUCUUAAAAUAAUUGAGGAGAAAGAGCUACAUUGACAUCAGUAAAUGAUUAGACUUUUGUGUCUUCUCGGAUAAGGAUGUUACUGUCGUUCCAAUUGAAGUGUUCCUCAAAUAUUGGUUCAAUACAUUACCUCGGGCUGACCAAUUCAUUUGAUAGAAAAUUGAUCAACUUCCUGUUACUUUUAAAUGAGCCAAUUAGAUUUCGUUUCAGAACCGAUUGACCAAUAGGAAACGCACAGGAAGUAAAAAAAAAUUGAAUUCAUAUGAAUUGGUCAGGCCGAGGUAAUGUAUUGAAUCAAUAUUAGAGGAACACUUCAAUUGGAACGACAGUAAAUCGUAGGUACCUCGGAUUCCCUAUCAAUCAGCCUUUCUCACGGCCGAUUUUUCCACCUUUUUGGGGCACUGCCUCUCCCACAUUUGAGAGUCUCCGCACCACGAAAUACAACUUUUUAGUAUUGUAGUUGUUUGUAUGAUGGUAAAUUUACAGUUACAACAGCUAAAAGUCACUUUUCAUGUCGCUUGAAUUCAGCGGCGAAACUUGAGGGGGCGGGGGGAAUGGCACCCCCCCCCCCAAAAAAAAAUCCAAUAAAAUUAAAUAAAUGAAUUAUGAAUACAAUUUUAAAUGAUAGAAUGUAGAGUUAUUAAGUAACUUAUUACAGCUAGCAAACAAUAAGCAUGUGAUGUUACUCUGAGUGUAUAUCCACACCGGGCAAGCUUGAAAAAUAUGCCUGGCCACGGUGGGAAUCAAACCUAUGACCUUUGGAAUACUAGCAUCAUAAGCAUCACAAGCGCCAUAUUCACCUCAGUACAUUACACCAAGACAGGAAAAAAAACAAUAGGCAGUUUGUAUGCAUGUACAUUGGCAUCGGCAGUUCAAUUAUACACGUAGCUUAGUGAUGUAUUGUAUUAGCACUGGCACUGCAGGCUGCAUCAUUGGUUUUGGCAGGGCAAUUCUGCCAGACCCCCAUAGUUUUGCCCCUGCUUCAAUUGUCAAGAAUCUUUCACAAGGGCAGGUAAUAGCCUGUUGGAAAAUCUGCUUAGCAAUGGGGGAGAAACUUGAAACUCAAUAUAGUUUUGUAACAUGUAUUUUUCAGGUCGCAAUGAACUAAUUGCCCGAUACAUCAAGCUGAGAACAGGGAAAACAAGAACUAGAAAACAAGUAUGUUUCAAGAGUGAAUCUUUUAUUGGGUCAUUCCUGAUUCACAUUCCCCCUAUGGAGGAAAUUUCUGCUGUCUGGAGGGGGAGGGAUCUACUUCUGAUAAUAGUAAAUCUACUAGGAUGUCUAAAGGGGGAGUGUUAUCUUCCAAUUUCCUCCAUGUGGGAUGUGUGAAUUUUCUGGAAUGACCCACUUAUACUGAGAACUACCAUCAGUUGUAUAUAACUUGGUAGUUGGUACCAAAAAAAUUGGUGCAGAAAGCAAUUUCUGAAGUAGAUAUUUAGUUGCACUUUGGUAGGCAAAUAAAUUUAUACUGAAAUAUAAUUAAUCCAUUAUCUGUUAGGUUUCCAGUCAUAUUCAAGUAUUAGCAAGAAAGAAAGCACGUGAAAUUCAAUCGAAACUGAAGGUAGUGAGUAUCUUUAGUUAUCUUUUUGCCAAGUAAAUUAGUAUAGGUAAUCGCAUGGAGCCGAGUAAAAUUAAGGUUCAUGCGUGUUUUCAAAGUUUCAACUUUGAAAACACAAGUGAAAUGAAACCUUAAUUUUACGAGGAACUGUGCAAUUACUUGUUAGUCAUAGAGGAAAAAAUUUAUUCGUAUAUAUAAGUUAAUUGUGAACUUGUCAGGUUCUUGAACCUCGUAUGUCUUCGCCGAUGUUCCUUAAUGCUGCCCAUUUCUUAAAUACUCCAACCCAUAAAAUUGUACUUUUUCCAGUAUUGGAGUUUUCACUGGAUGUUUUUAAUUCUUCAAUAACAUAUUAACAUUAUUAUCCACAACGACAAAAAGCGAGAAGCCAUUGUUUUUAUUGCUAUUUAAAACAAGAAACUUCCCGCGCUUGCGUCUCAGCCAAUCAGGUACAAGUAAUUUUGCCCUGAAUUAAGAAAAAAUGCCCUCUUCAUUAGCCAAUCGUAUUUGAGUAAUUUUGCCCUCUAUAUGAUUAUAAAUAUGGAGCAAAUAUCAUACAGGUGGGCUUACCUCAUAAACUUAUUAUUUUUCUUAGGAUCAAGCUGCACGAGACAAGGCACUACAAACAAUGGCGUCAAUGUCCUCAGCCCAAAUUGUUUCUGCGUCAGUUCUUCACAACAAGAAUGCUCCUCCAUCAAACAACUACAAUGACCAUUACAGCAGUCCACAUCCUGGUCAUCCAUUACCAGCUCUUCCUAGCACCCAGGUAAGCUGGAAGUCAGGUCAGAUUAUGACUUUACACAGAAAGUGGAGGGCAUUGGCCAUAUGGUCCCUAUAACGUCAGAAAUAACCUUUACAGAGUCUUCACUACUGCAAAAAGGGCAUUUUCAUUCCAGCAAAAGAGGGCAUUGAUUCAAGAAAUACUUUUUUCAUUGGGCAAUUUAGCCCAGAAAAAGGGCACUUUUUUCAUUUUUUUAAACAAGUGGCCCAUGCCUUUACCCUUAGCUGGUUUCACUUUGCAUUCAUGGAGAGUCACCACAACUGAUUGAUCAGCAUUGGGGGAAAUGAUCAUUAGGCAAAUUUAUGCAAAAAGAUUGACAAUUUGGACAGAAGGAAUUCAGAAAUGAACAAAAGAAUGAAAUCUACAAAUUAGUUCAAUUCAGUGAGAUCUGAGAUGAAUUAUUGAUACCUGUGAUAUGUAAUGUGAUAUACUGUAUAUGUAAGUCUACACAUCAAACCAAAAAUCUCUUUGUCUUUUAAAAAUACCAGAUCUUUCCUUAGUAAGAAAGUAGGCCAGUGUUGAAAAUAUUACAGAAAUUGCUAUGAAUUUCAGGACUCAAAUUUUUUAUGGCUCAAACUUUCCUCAGUGCUCCUGUUAGAACCUCAUAAGUCACGUUUUCUCUUUAGCAAGUUAUUCGCCGAUUCUUCAUACACGAUUACUAACAUUUUGACAUCUUUGUUUGCAGUACUGGAACAGUCAAGUAAGCCAGCCGGGCAGCACUCCAACAUCAUUUGGAGGUCUUCCAACAACACAUACCAGAACAUUAUUUGGAGGUAGUCCUGGGCCAUCUUCAGCGUUAGUACCCAGUAACACUGUCAGUUCCCCAAAUGAAGAGAUGGUGAGUAUGAGCGCAGUUUAAUCUUCUUGUUCCUAGAAGUAAUAUUAUUUCACACCCUGGAAAUGUUGAUCCCAUAGUUUACAAUCAUGGUGAUCGGUAGUCUGCCCCAACCGUUGAUUGGUGAUCAGCUGUUAUUUCAAGUGCUGACAUUUCUGAAGUUGACAGUCGUCUACAGGCCUGUAGUGCUUAAAGAAAGCCACAUAUUGUAUCAUUGUUUUAGAGAUCAGCCUACCCUUCUGGGAAUCAAUUAACAAUGAGUGGUAGCUCCAACUGGUCAAGCAGAAAUAUGGUAAGUCAAAGAUAAGAAUUUAAGUUGUUCUCCAUGAACAGUGCCUUGUACUCAAGUUACGCUCCUUGCGACCAUCAGGCAUCAACAACUGCCUUCCAAUGCACACAGACCUAUGCUGGGCUGUUUCUCCAAGAUCUGCCCAAGUCAAUCCUAUCUCGUUCAGCUCCUUUGAACAUGUCCUCCAACUAUUUCUUUUCCCCCUUUCCUGGGGAUUUCACACCAGAGCCUGGUGACUGAUGUUACUUGCUCGCUGUCACAUUGUGUGGUCUACCAAUGGUAUGGGCAUGUUUACCUGCAGUUAGCGUUCCAGUGUUAUUACAGUUCACUGGGUCUAUGGUCUACCCCACUUUAUCUGCAAAGCCACAGUCUCCUCUCCAGCUCUUCUUCAGCAUCCUCAUAUUCAAGAUUUUAUAUUCCCACUAUUUAGCCAUUACGUCUCAUUGAUUUCCAAGCCUUUGUGGAACAAACUGGCAUAAAAGCAGACUCGGUAUGUAACUUAAUUAUUAUGUCUAGUUAUUCCUCUUUCACAAGUCAGAUUUAUUAAUAAAUGAGUAUCAAAUAAACACCUCAGUGCACUAGUAUUUACAUUAUACAGGAACUUGUGGUUAGAGCUUGACAACUGGACUCUGUAGCUCAGAGCAUAGACUUUCUCCAAGUCUCUCUUUCAUUGUCAUAACACUAUAGUGGAUCGAUACUAUAUGACAAUGAAAGAGAGACUUGGAGCAAGUCUAGUUAGAGCGCUACACCGGAAUCACGGGUUUAAUUCCUGCCAGAGGACGUAUAGUUGUUCCUGGUUAGGGCUAAUAAAUGUAUAGAAAAUUUACACUCAAUAAUUUCCAUGUACAAAACCCUUCAAGUAUUAUUCAAUCGAAUGAGAUGCCAACAAAAUCUUGAUAUUUACCCAUAAAUAAACACCUACAGGUUAUUGGUAGUUUCAGGAGACAUUGACAACCAUUUAUGAUAAUGACCGAUAUGUUUCCUUUGAAAUAUUUCAGUAUCACAAACAUCUUUUUGUUCAUCUUGGACCCAAUGUAAACUUCCAAGACUCAAUCUUAGAGGCUGUGGAUAUCCGACAGAUUUACGACAAAUUCCCGGAAAAGAAAGGCGGUUUACGAGAACUUUAUGAAAAGGGACCACAAUCUGUUUUCUUCUUGGUAAAAUUUUGGGUAAGUUGGUUUUAUAUUCUUAGUUUUAUUGUUUGUAAUCUGACAGGUUUUGUGUAGCCUUUGCAUGGAAGCAGCUCUCAGAUUGUGUACAUUAUUUUGUCAUUCAUCUAAAACUUCAAUUCUCAGGCUGACCUCAACACAAAUGUAAAAGACGAGAACGGAUCUUUCUAUGGUGUGUCAAGCACGUAAGUAACAAAUUAUGGACCUUUUUUAUUUUUUUUUACCACUAAUUACAAUAAUUAGAACUAAUUAGAACCAUUAGAAGCAAUCUUCUAAAUGCUGGUGGAUCUUUUUUACAGGUAUGAAUCAAGUGAAAAUAUGACAAUCACUUGCUCAACGAAAGUGUGUUCUUUUGGAAAACAAGUCGUUGAAAAAGUUGAAGUAAGAUUAUCCUACAUUUUCAUCAACAGUUUACAGUUGACCACAGUUGUGAAGUGUAAUAAACUCAUCACUAAAUUGUUUUAUUUUGCAGACGGAGUAUGCGCAUUUUGAAAAUGGUCGUUUUGUGUACAGAAUACACAGAUCUCCAAUGUGUGAAUAUAUGAUCAAUUUUAUACACAAACUCAAACAACUUCCGGAGAAAUACAUGAUGAACAGUGUGCUGGAAAACUUUACCAUUCUACAGGUGGGUGCUCGAUAUUGUUGAGAAAUAACCUAAGACUACCUUCGUGUUCUACUUCGUGUCAUUUCCGAAUGCGUGCGUUCAGAAUCGAACGCAAUCGAGAACGCGUUCCACAAACGUUUUCUAGCAAAUUGCAAACAGAAAUUUACACUCGUAUUAGAACCCGAAAGACAAUAUUUUUUGCGUUAACUAGUAAGCGCAAGAGUCUUCCUUUAAGACUCGACGGAAUAAAUCGUCUGGCAUUAGACGGAAUAAAAUAAUAAAACGAGGCUCAUUGUCAGCGCCGGUUGGCUGUUUACAAAAUCUACAUAGCAGCUACACCAAGCAAGAUCUGACAUUCAUAUUCCCUCGAACAAAUUCUAAAACAUAAUAAAGUGAACUUACUUUAAAAAGUUAGGAUCCAGAUCACGUAGUCGUAGAAAGUUUCGUCCAUGUCAAUAUUCGUUGCCCAAACGCGUCUAAAAAAUAGGAUGUGGAUAUAUUAACCUACCAUUAGGUGAUUGGGGGUGGCCAGGGCAUGAGUAUCUAACAGCGCGUGCCGGAAUACUACUAGCCAUUUCCCAAAGUCCUGAGUCUAGUCGCGCGAACCCCAUGUUGGAGGGACAAGAAAUAUGGCAGCACACAUUUAAAUUAAAUGUUUAAUGUAAAAAGGAGAUAUUUCAUUUUUGGUCGUUUAAAAAGUUGAAGUUCUACUCUUUCACAUAUUUGGCGCCUGUCGCCGUGUAUUUUGUCCCUCCAAACGAUCCCACAAUGCACUGUGAUCUCUUUUGGGGAAAAGGCUAAUUGAAUAAUUUUGUUUCACUGUAGACGGUGACGAACAGGGACACACAAGACACAUUACUUUGUCUAUCCUAUGUGUUUGAAGUUUCAACGAGCGAACAUGGAGCACAACAUCAUUUAUAUCGACUGGUCAAAGACUAAGGUCUGUUGGACCAGGAGCAAGUGUAAAAGACAUACCCCUCCUAUACACUGAGGUAGAGUGGACCCUCCCCCGUGAUGAUGCUAUGUAACCAUGGAAACAAGACAAUUGUUUAUAUCAAUACCAAGUAUACGCAUGCGUAAGGUCAUACUGAUGGGUUUCAUUGAGCACUAAUGCCAUUAUUCCACUCAAGAAAUUUUUCCACGGACAGAAAAGUUUCCGAAAAUAUCAUUAGGGCCAUUUAUACGGAACAAAAUAAGACGCGACUUACAUAAGACGCGACUUAGGUAAGACGCGAGUUUGUCGUAUAAAAGGUACAAAAUUCUUAUGUAAGACGCGUCUUGGAUAAGACGCGUCUUACAUAAGAACAGGUCUUUUAGCUGUUCUUAUUUAAGUCGCGUCUUAAAUAAGAAAUUUUGGACAAAAAGUCUAACUACACAUGCCAGAAACUUGAAACAACGUAAAAUUUAAUGCCUUGCAUAUUAAAACAAAAACAACCAAAACAACAUAGCUAUAGCAAAUAAACAAGACCAAAGCCGUAGAGAACCAUUUAUGCGAUAACUCCACUUAUUUAAGUCGCGUCUUAUGUAAGUCGCGACUUAUUUUGUCACGUAUAAAUGGCCCUAUUGUUAAAAGUUGAAUUAACAUUAUUUUCUCACUCUGUUAACUGCAGGUGUACCAGCUGUACACGAUAGUGCUUAGUGAAACCCAUGCAUAAAUUGGAACUCGUGUAUUGAAUAUGUAUUUCGCAUUGCUGUGCAUGCUGUAUUUGCAUGUGCUGCGCGCAUGCUCAAUUAAAGACAUAUAAACCAAUAAGUUAGCAUAAAAUAAUCAGGUGUAUGUGAACAUAUAUAUAGUGUUCCCUACACAAGUAGCAAUUAUGGUGAGGCAGUAAUUCGUCGUACUCAAGCUUAAAGUCCUGAAGUAAAUAUGUAGUUUUAUACAUAUUCAUAUAGUAUGGUCUACACUAUCGAAGUUUCUCUGAUCACAGUAGGAAUUUUGCAUGGGUAAAUUAUAAGUUUUGAAGGUAAAAAAUGUUUGAGUUAACUGGGUAAGUGUUACUGUCGAUGCAAUCACAGAUGAUAGAUUAUACCAAAUGAAUCACUGUGUAUCUAUCCCUAUGAUUUUCGUAGCGACACUUACUGCCAAAAUGGCGCUUACUGCCAAAAUGCAUGAUUGCUCACGUUUCAUGGCGUGGAUUACAGUUACUGCCAAAAUAGCGUCCGCGAUUUUUUAUGAACACGCGUUGGCCACAAUUUUGGCUGAGUGAUUCAUCUGGUAUUAUCUAUCAUCUGUGAUGCAAUAGAAGUGUUGAUAAAAUAUUGAACCAAUUCCUUUCCUCAAGUUGAUCAAUUCAUUUGAUAGAAAAUUGAUCAACUUCCUGUGACUUCUAGAUAAGCCAAUUAGAUUUCGUUUCAGAACCGAUUGACCAAUAGGAAACACACAGGAAGUAAAAAGAAAUUUGAAUUGGUAUGAAUUGAUCAACUGCAAUAUUUUAUCAACACUUCUAUUGUAUCGACAGUGAACACAUGAGCACAGAAUAAGAAGGUAUAGCAGAAGCGUAACUCAAGCAAGUAUUUGUCCGUGUUUUUACAAGCGAUUCGUCAUCAAUUACGCCAUCCCGGCUAGAACAACCGGCACUUUGUACCUACCAAAACUUGAUAAAAACUUCCGGUUUUACUAGCCAGGAUGCCGCGAGCGAGUUAAAAUUUUCGUGGACGUAAAAUAAUAAAGGAACCGACUCAAGUUGCACUUCUGAUGUACCUUCUUAUUCUGUGACAUGAGUCAUUUCCCUCAAAGAUUUCUUACAAAUCCUUCAAAACUUAGAAUUUAUCUAUGCAAAAUUCCUACUGUGAUCACAGAAACUUUGAUAUUGUAAACCAGGCUUAAUACCUCGCUCCCUAGCAAUGUUUAUAUUACGAGCAUGACAACUCUUUCAUAUUAAAACAUUGCGAUUUCUCGAAUCAAUUGUGCUCAAUGUUAAAUACUGACAAUGAGUGGUGAUUUCAGAUGACGUCUACCUCGUCUUUUUUCAAAAUAGUAGACAAGGGUCACCCUCAGAAAUGCUGACGACUUGCAGGGGCGGAAACAGAAUUAGCAAUUUGGGCAAACCGCCGAGUACCGACUAGCCCAACGGUGUAGUGGACUGGAACACAGUCUAAGUAAAAGCUGGUUUGUACUAACAAGGUUUCUGUGAUCACAGUAAGAAUUUUGCAUGGGUAAAUUAAAGUUUUGAAGGAUUUGUAAGAAAUGGGCUUAGUGUUAAUUUAAACACCAAAUCAGUUUCUUCAAACAUUUCUUCCAAAUCCUUCAAAACUUAGAAUUUCCCUAUGCAAAAUUCCUACUGUGAUCACAGAAACUUUGAUAGUGUAAACCUGGCUUUAAUUCUAAUUACAUGGACCCAGGAAUCAUGUAGUGUGUAGACCUAACUCGUUGCGUUGAUAUAUGUUGUGUAUAUACUAAGUUACUAUGAUUUUGCGCUGAUAUAGUAUUUGUAAUAAUAAGUGCGCUAUGGACGUAAUUUUUUACAAUGAAUGUUUAUAACGAUGCAGAACGUUGUAUGAUGAUUAUUAUACAUAAGAAUUCGAAACAUUUUUACUUCAAAUUUUUAAAAUAUAUUAUUGUUCAUAUAUAUAUAUAUUGGA